UCAUUCAGUUGUGUUGUUGUCUGUAAAUUGUUGGUUCCUUUCCUCAAGAAAUCCUUCAUUUUGUUUGAUUGAUAAUUUACAAAUUAAAUUUCUUUUAUAUUUAAGUUCAUUGACAUCGAUUCUCUAGUUUUAAUAAAAUGUUAAUAAGUUGCACAACGACUUUGAAUUGUUAUUAGAUCUCAAUCUUUAAUCAUAUUCAUCACAUUCAUCCUCACUAUUGCCAUCGCCACCAUUUUCAUCAUUAAUAACAUAUUCAAUGAGAUAAAAAACCUUACGAGUGAAUGAGACUUGAAUCAUUGGUUUCCAUUUUCCUUUUCAUCUUGUGCCGGGAACAAAUUUGAGGAGAGUUGAUAAUCAUGCUGUUUAACGAGAAGGUUUUAGAUCUCGCCUUGAGUCAGAUUGGUCUUAAUAUUGGAUGGCAGUCAAUGUCUCAGCAGUCCAUGAGAAUAUUGCAAACUCUAGUUAUCAAAUAUAUUCGUGAACUUGGUAAAGCAACAAUGGGCUUUGCUAAUAAUGGAAAUCGACAUGAAGCGUUUCUUAGUGAUUUAGUUCUUGCCAUGAGGCAGAUGAACGUCAGCCUUGAAGAAAUCCAAGAGUAUAUCAAUGAAGUUGACAGUGUUCCUUUCAUCAAAGGGAAUUGUAUUCCUUUGUAUCCCUGUCCUCCACCAAAAGGAUAUGUGCGGAUAAACUUCCCUGGCGUUGAUGAAAUCGCAACUAGGCCAGAAUAUAUGGAGCCAUGGUUACCAUCUUUAAAUUUUGGCGAUAAAUCAGAGGAAAAAGAUACAGCUAAUGGUACUUCAGGUGAAACAAAUGGUCAAGAUGGUCCCACUGAAGGAGAAACUUGUCCAAAUGGUGAUGGCAAUAUGAACGAUCCGAAAAAUGGGGUAGCUCAUGAAAGACUAAAUGAUCAUAUUUAUUUAUCUUCUGUUUACAUUGACGCUGAAGGAAGAGUUGUUGGUAUUGGAGGUAGAGAAGGAGUUGCACCUGACAGUCGUCUACCACCUAAAGAUGACUACGAAGAAAAAAAGAUUGCAGAAGAAGAAGAGAAAAAGAGGAAAAGUUUAGAAGCUGAAGAACAAGAAAGGAAAAAGAAACAAAAGGUCGAAGAAGUAAAUAAGCCAAUCAAAACUAAAAUCAAAGAAAAGCCUUUAACUAAAUUAAAAAAAACCGACACUGGUCUGAAGAAAAAAGGACCCUUAUGGGUCAAAGGAAAUACCAAAAAGAAGUUACUCGUCAAAGUUUCCCUCUCUGGCUUACACAGUGGUACACCGACCGCUAAACCAUCGCCAUCAUUAGCAUCUCGUUCACCCACUGACUUUCUCGAUGAUGACGAUGAUGACGAUGAUGAGUUUGACAGUCUUUAUAUCAAUUCCAAAGAAAAUAGUAAGAUCGACGAAGACACAAGUGCUAAUUAUGAAAACACAAUCAACGAAGUUAUUGAAAGAUCUCGCCUUGAGAAUGAUUUGGAGCCUGGAGAAAUUCCUGAUUACGAUUUCGACUUCAAAGAUAGCAAUCUAGAUGUAAAAAAUCCUAAACUCAAGAAAAUCAAAAAGAAGAUUUUAAAAAAGGGAAAGAAAAAAGAUUCUUUCGAUCUUACCAUCGACAAUGUGAUAAAAACCUCAUUAGGAAGUGAAAUUGCUUCUGACGAAGAUAAAAACGUAAAGGACAACGUGUAUACAUUCAGUGAAGAAAAUAAUUUAGAUGUAAAAUUAAAAGAAGACACAGGCGUUGAUGCUAAGGAGGCGGCGAAAAUACUUGUUUCGCUCUCUGAGGAUGUUCCGAAGAAGGUGAAGAAAGCCGAUCUAAAGAAAUCAUUAAAAGUUUCGUCACCUCCACCACCAGUCAUGUCAACAUUCGUUGGGACUAAAGGAUCUAAUGCAUCUUUUCCCAAGGUUGCGCCUGGAAGUACACCUAUGUCACCUAAUUCCAACCCGACUAUGUUUAACAAUCCAUUCUCAUCACCACUUCGAUCACCACCUCAACAGCCAAUACCAACUCCACCACUGUUUUCAGACUUUUAUCAGCUGGGUACACCAAUGUCUUUCCAAUCAACUUCAAGUAAAUCAACGCCAUUGCCAAAGCCCCCUCUUAAAACGUUAGCUGAAAAGAAAGCUCUUCCGCCAAUUGAUGAAAAUCUUCUUCUGAAAAAAGAAAAGAAAGAAAAGAAAGUUAAAGAAAAGGCAGCAGAUAAAAAGAAAAAUAAGGAAAAAGAGCGAGAAAAAGAACGUGAAAAGAAACGAGAAAAAGAAAGAGAGCGGGAACGAGAAAAAGAGAGAGAAAGAGAAAGAGAGCGAGAAAAAGAAAGAGAGAGAGAACGAGAGCGAGAGAAAGAAGAAAAAGUUAAAGAAAAAGAGAGAGAGCGGGAAAGAGAAAGAGAACGAGAACGAGAACGCGAAAGAGAACGAGAACGAGAAAAAGAGAAAGAAAGAGAAAAGGAGAGAGAACGAGAAAGAGAGAAAGUAAAGGAAAGAGAACGAGAAAAAGAAAGAGAAAAGAUCAAAGUUAAAGAUAAAGAUAAACUGAAAAACAUCGAUAAGGAUUAUAUAAAGCACGAAGUUAAGGAGAGUAAAAAGUCGAAAAAGUUGAAAAAGACCAAUAACGACGAUACCUGGACGGAUAAAAAGAGUGACAACAACAUUAGUUCAAAAUUAUCAAUCAAAGCCUUUACUCGGCAUGAUGAAUCACCUGUAGCAUCACCAGCAUCUUCUUCAUCAUCAACUAAAUUAGUGAUAAGAACACCUCCUUUAUCAGAAACUGUUGAUCAGAACAAAGGUAAAAAAGACUCCAAGAAAAAGAAACAAAAGGCCAUUACUUCUCCAUCUAUCGAUGAACCACCAAAUAAGAAAGCUAAACAAAUUGUGAAGGAAAAAGGCAAGGAAAAGAGUAAAGUGAAAGAUGAUAAAAAGAGUAAAGACAAAUUAAAAGACGACGCUUCAUGUGUUUUAAUCACCGAAACAAUAACUAAAGAGGAAAGAGGACAACAAGAAGAUAAACAAUGGUACUGUCCAGUUUGUAGUAAUCCUUAUGAUGGUCAGGUUGAAAUGAUUGGUUGUGAUGGUUGUGACGACUGGUAUCAUUGGACAUGUGUUGGUAUCAAGGAAGACCCAGGAGAAGAAGAAUCGUGGUUCUGUGUUAGAUGUAUUCAAAAACAGAAGGCUAUUGAAACAAAAGUGUUGAAAAAGACUAAAAAAAGUGACAAACCUAAACAAUCUAAAGCUGGAAAAUCUUCGAAGACAUCUAAAGUUGGAUCAUCAUCUUCAUCUUCAUCGUCAUGGUCUUGUGCUGUAUGUAAUAAGUCUAGUAACAGUAAACCUUGUAUUUGUUGUGAUUCUUGUGACGGAUGGUUUCACUGGCCUUGUGUUGGAAUCGUUGUUCCUCCGAAUGAAGAAGACUCUUGGUACUGUGCGGACUGUAUAAAAACUCAAUGAUAUUAAAAUUAUUAUAUAAUAUUUCAGAAUAAAUUAAUGAUAAUUAAGAAAAAUAUACCCAAUCUGAAUAUUUACUGUAUAUGCUCUUUCUAAUCAUAGAUUAUUGUUAAAAUAGUCUAUCAUACGACAAUGUUAAUUAAAAAAAAGUAAACCAACAACUUCAACAGUUAUUUUAAUAUAUUAUUGUUACUUUCUCGUCAUCAGGUGGCACAUUAAGUCUUUGAAUCUCAACCAUCAGCAGUGCCAAUUCAGUUUUUUUACAUCAAUUAAAUUAUUUCCUAAUCUAA